GAUUAUUACUCUUUACUGUUAAAUCUCUAAAUCUAGAUCAUUUACGUUGACGAAUUAUUCAACCGUUGCGUUUCUUGAACGUAGCCAUUAUAAACACCAUAUCGGCGGAUAUAAAUCGCUGCCAACGGAGGAUUCACAUUGACUGCGUUCAGGAGACACAACGGUUAAGCAAUUCGUCAACGUAUCAUUGAUCUAGAUUUAGAAAUCAAUAGUAAAGACCAGUAUAAUUCACGUACAACUCACUGAUCGUUUGUGUCUCUUGAACGCAACCAUUUUACAGUUAAGAGGUUAAAGAAAAAUCUAACCUAUAAGUGCUUUGAAAGUUUUAAGUGCUGAGAAAAUUUGUGAUAAUAUAAAAGGAGAACAAAGAAAAGGAUCUUGCAGCUGAAUAUCUGCUCGCUGGUAGCAGUAUAUUGGGAAUUCUGAGGCUAACUCUUUAUACAAGAAAAGUAUUGCUAAUGCCAUGACUUUCUUUUCUGCAAUUAAAAUUAUCUUAUUCAUGAGGGUUUUGGCGAAAUAUCCUCCAGUACCAAAAUAGUGUAAUAGAGACGUGUUGUUAUCUGUGAAAUUCGCACAUGUCUAUUGUACAUUCCAUGUUGUCAAGUCAGAGUAAUGUCAAGCAGCGCAAAGUGGUAUUAAAAUUGCUUGCAGCGAUAGUGUUCUUGGAUGGUAACUUGGAAAAACUAAAUCGAGAAGAAACAAAGAAAGACUACGUUAUCAAGAGGUUGUGCUUAGCUGCUAAAAGAAGUACUGAUAAAGAAUGCGCCAAACGAGUAAUGGAAAAAUUAAUGUCCAAUCAUGUUGGUACUUUUUAUAGUUGGCAAGGAAGUGCUGGAAAAAAAGAUUCGUUUAAAAACACUAUUAUGAUGGAAACUGUAAGACUUGCAAUAAAGAAACUUCGCCAUGAUGUAAACAUGGGCACAGCUGAAGAUUCAAUAAAAAACUGGCUCAAAUCGCGAAAAUUUGUCAAAAAUAAUGCUGUUGCUAAUAUUGAAUAGUGAAAAGUGUUUGAAGUGUGAAAAGAAAUCAUUAUCGAUAGCAUCGACAGCAGCUCUGCGAGAAUGUUGCACCUUUUCAAUAUACGCCUAACGUUUUUUAGUUUUUCACAUGUAAGAUAUAAAACUAAUUUUGAUAUCGAGGAGACUAUGGUAACAGGCAUGCGAUACACGUGUGAGCCGUAUACACAUUAUGUUUACUUAAUAUGAUAAUAUAUAGUGAUAAUAUAUAUGAUAAAUCUUGAUAAAUGAAAACUGAUUAUUUGCUUUACUUAAAAAUAAUAGUUAUACUUUAUUCAAUUUUAUUAACUAGCAAUAAUAAUUAUUAAAAUUUAAUUAAUUUAUUAAAUAAUAAUUAGUGUUAAAAGUUAAGUAAUAUUGUUUAUCAUUAGACGAAGAUAUCGUCAAAUGCAAUCAAGAAAUACACGCGGAAUAUUAUAGUAAUUAUAGUAAUGAGAAUUCUGUUUUAAAAGAUUCGAAAAUAAAAUAUGAACCUAGAUUAGAUAAACACAUUAUUUCAUAUCAACAAUGAUACGUUUUUGGGAAACAUAGCCAUAUGAGUGAUAUUAUCAUAUUUAUCAUAUAUAUUAUUAUAUAAUAAUAUAUAUAAUAAGAUAUGUAAUAAUAAAAAAUAUAUAUGUGAUAAAUAUAAUAAAUAAAAAAAUAUUAUUUUUUCUAAGACCCGUUUAUAAGACGUUUGCUAGGAAAGUUUCAAAAACGUAUUUUCAUCAAACGUUUUUUAACAACCGUUAUUUAACGGUGAGCAAACGUUUCAUUGGGUGGACAUUUGCAUGUAAUACAAACGGUAACGUUCGAACGUCCGUUAAACGUUUACAUAACGUUUUUAUGUUCGUGGGGUAGAUAAUUACAAUCUGCCAGGUACCAACUCAAAUAAUAUUUCAUUUUACAAUUAUACAUUUUAUAAAUACCAAACAACACGUACACUAUAUUUUCUUGUAGGCAGAUGUAAUAUUUUGUUUUCCAAAAAUAAUAUUUGUACUCGGACAUAACUUGUUUUUUGAAUAUAAUGCUUAUUAAUUAACAAAACAACGAAGCGUUUAAUCAUUUGAAUUCCCUCUUCAUUCCCAUUUCCAGCAGGUCGUACGGGUCCUAUCCCAGGUAAAAGGGAUUAAGUUCCUUGACCUAAAAAGGGACCUACGGGCAGACCGUUCCGAGUUUGGGGUAAGAUCGACCCCCGUGGCCGUUGACCUUAAAUCAGAACUCAGUGGUCAGUCCGACUCGUACUUUGGGGCCUCAGUGCAACAAGGUACGAGAGGCGCUCUGUUGCGCCCUUCCUUCGAGCUUACGGAGCUCUGGACGUAACAUUACCAUGCGAGAGUUUUCUCUACGUCGAGGGUAAAUUAACGAUAAAGAAACCCGUAGCGAAUAAGCAUGUGGUAUUGGAGAACAAUUGUGUAGCGUUCAUGUUCGAUGAGAUUCGUUACGAACUCAACGGUGUUGACAUUGAUCGCAGUAGAAACGCCGGAAUAACCUCCACUCUGAAAAACUAUGUAUCUCUGACGGCAUCAAGGAAUGGGAUGUUGAAGAAUGCUGGAUGGGAUAUCGUGAAUUUUUCAAACGGCGAAGAGGGCCACUUCAACUUUUGCGUACCGCUUAGCAUGCUGCUGGGAUUUUGUGAAGACUAUAGGCGUGUGGUGAUUAAUGCACGUCAUGAAUUGAUUCUCAUACGCUCGCGCAACGACAACAACUGUCUAAGAGGAGAUGCCGAGAUUCAGCCUGAGAUUGAAUUACUCAGAGUACAGUGGCGUAUGCCCCACGUCGCAUUGAACGAGAUCAACAAGCUGGCUAUGCUACGAACUCUGGAGAGUGGAAGAUUUCUGAGCAUGAGUUUCCGCUCGUGGGAUCUGCAAGAAUUUCCUCUGCUGCAGAGCACGACUAAGCAUUCGUGGACCGUCAAGGCAACAACGCAACUCGAGAAGCCGCGAUACGUCAUCUUUGCGUUGCAGACUGGUCGAAAGAAUAACAUAACGAGAUCGAUAACUCGAUUCGACGAUUGCAAAUUAACUAAUGUAAAACUUUAUCUAAACUCGGAACUUUAUCCAUACGACGAUUUGAACCUCGAUUUCGGCAAGAAGAGAUACGCCAUCCUGUAUGAUAUGUACGCAUGGAUUUACAAAUCGUAUUAUGGAGGCAAUCAUGAUGAGGUGCUUCUUCCCAUCGACAAAUGUGGAUUUUGCGGCCCCUUCGUCGUCAUCGAUUGUUCGCGACAAAGCGAAUCUGUGAAGACUGCCACCGUCGACGUGCGAUUAGAGUUCGACUGCAUGGAAGACAUACCGGCGAAUACUACAGCCUACUGUCUCAUCAUACACGAUCGCGUGGUCGAAUACAGCCCGUUGACCAACGUUGUGCGCAGAAUCACUUAAGCGCG